GAAUAAAUCAGGUAUGAAUCCGAUGAUGCCUGAAACCCGUAUUGGGUCUAGGUCCGAGUCCAAUGGAAACCGAUCAAUUAACAUCCCAAGCCGUACUUUUAAUCUGAGCCUAAAUACCGUUUUAUUCCAAGAAAAAUUAAAAAUUGAAGUUAUGUUGAAUGUUGGUUAAGGUUAAAGAAAAUUCAUCGCAAGAUCAAUGGGCACCACUAAAGUCUUUAGUAGCAGGUUCAUUAAGUGGGUGUAUUACAUGUUUAAUGUUUCAGCCACUUGAUAGAGUCAAGACUGUUAUGCAAAUUCCAAGAAUUCAUUUGGAAGGAAAGAUUCCGAUAUUUUUAUCAUAUAGCAAAUAUGGUAUUGUAAAUACUGUUGCAAGAAUUAUCAAAGAUGAGGGUUUCUUAAGUUUGUGGAAAGGACUUACACCUUCAAUAUAUCGUCAGGUUCCUGGUUCUGGGUUAUACUUUGUCUCUCUUCAUCAGAUAAAAAAUAUUUUGAGGAGAGAGCCAAAGUUUUAUGAAAACUUAUUUAUUGGUGCUGUUGCACGAAGUAUUGUGUGUACAACUAUGUUACCAGUGACAGUUAUCAAGGCGCGACUAGAAAGUGGUCAAUUUGUUUAUAAAUCUGUGCCUGAUGGGUUUCUCACGAUAUGGAGGUCUGAAGGUUUAAAAGGAUUAUUCAGUGGAUGCACUGCAACAAUAGCUAGAGAUGCACCAUUUUCAGGGCUUUUUUUGAUGUUUUAUACUCAAGAGAAAAAAUUGUUAUCAAAGGUGAUGGAUAAGAAUACUGCUCACAUCCAUUUUGCUUGUGGUUUGAUUGCUGGAGUUUUGGCCUCUUUUGCUACCCAUCCAGCUGAUGUUAUUAAAACACAAAUUCAACUCUAUCCUUUACAUUAUCAAGGAACAAUAAGUUGCAUAAAAACUGUGUACCAGACUUUUGGUCUAAAAGGUUUUACGGUAGGAUUUUUUCCUCGAUGUCUCCGACGCACUUUAGUUACUGCAAUGUCAUGGACUAUAUUUGAAGAAGUCUUGAAAAAGUUCCAUAUAAACAUUUAAAUGCUAUUAUUAAGCUUUGUUGGAUUUGUGUUAAAUAUAAUAUUAUUUGGUAAAAUUUGAUAAAAUUGUGUGAUUAUAACUAAUUAAA